AUGGCAGCAUAUCUCUCCCUCGACGCAUUCCAAGAGCUCAUAGACUCCAUUGUAUCAAAUCCCGCAUCCGCAAACCCAAACAAAGCACUAGCCAACAGCCUUCUCAACUUCCAUUUCCCCAUCACAAACGGCUACAUCAUCGUUCCUGAACACCAUUCACCAGAAUCCAUAAUUCUCCGCGUCCAACGCCAUCAAUGUCACUCUGGUGACCGGAUCGUGAUACACCAUACAGUAGCCAAGACCGGACAGGCUACAGACGACACGAACGCAUCUCUGAAGCAGCUCGAACGCGCCCUCGACCUAUCAAACCCCGAUUCUGGGCGAUGCUGGGCCCUCCUGCUCCACGGCCUGGAGCUUCGGUUCUAUGAAUACCAUCGGUCUCUUCCGGUGGAUGAGCGGCUUGUUCCGUGGGGUCUUCUGGCAUCGCAACCUCCGAGGGACUCGUAUCAUGCAAGGAGCGAUAACGUUAUCAUCGAGGGCAUGCUGCAGUACAUGGCUAAACAUUCUACACCGGAUCCGAGAUAG